UCGCUCGUGCGCGCGCGCCAUUUUGUGCUGUCUCUCUCUCUCUCUCUCCUCUCGUCGACGACCUGUGUGUGUUUCAACUAUAUACAUCCUUCUCUAUCUUCUGUAUGCACGGGCAAUCACUUCGGUGCUGUGGUAUAUCUUCUCUCAGUGCAACUCGAAGUGUUUUUUUUUUAAUUUAUGAAGAGUGAAGUGUUGAAUGGCGUCGUGCAAGAGCUUUCGAACAAGGACCCUGUUAGGGUCGUGAAAUCCUGUGUGUAACGCUCACGCGAGGAAGGACCCAACACAUCUCCAUCACACACAGGAUCGUGCGUGUGACACGCAACGAUGCGCACCCCGGCAGAAACGGAAACGAUGCAGGCGCCUGGCGGCGGUGACGACGAGGAGCUGCCCGCUGCCACGGCCAUAGGCUCCCAGCCGGAAAUCAUUGUUAACAGAAUGGUGCUUGCGCGUCUAUUCACCAGGAAGCUCGAGCCUCCACAGGAGCAGGCUCCCACCGCCAUUGUCGCCAAUAGUAUGAUGUGUAUCCAAGAGGAGUUAGGACAUCUCAAUACAAAAGGAGUGGAACCAGUACUUAAUGGGGUGCAUAGGAUGCAGAUGCCAAAUUGCAGUAACAUUAAUUCAGAAGGCAAUACAGAUUCCAGUGAAUCAACAACCAAAGCAACAGUAGCUCCAGAGUCCGUUAGAUCACUUGCAUGGAUUGCUGGAUGUAUGCAACCACUCUUCAGUUUGAUCAAUAAAGUGACAUUUAGUGAGAAAAUCAAAGGAAGUCAAACUGAUGAAUGGGAAAUACCUUUUGAGUCAAUUAGUGAACUCCAGUGGCUAGGAUCUGGUGCUCAAGGAGCAGUUUUCAGUGGGAAAUUGAAAAAAGACAUUGUAGCUGUUAAAAAAGUAAGAGAACCUCGUGAGACUGAUAUUAAGCAUCUUCGCAAACUUAAUCAUCCAAAUAUUGUGCAAUUCAAAGGAGUUUGUACACAAGCUCCAUGUUAUUGCAUAAUAAUGGAAUACUGCCCAUCAGGACCACUAUAUGAUUUACUAAGAGCAGGAGAAUCAGUUCCACCUCCUCGGUUGUGGUCCUGGUCAAAACAAAUCGCAGCUGGAAUGAAAUACCUACAUGACCACAAAAUAAUCCAUAGAGAUCUGAAAAGUCCAAAUGUUUUGAUUGGACGUGAGGAAGUUGUGAAAAUAAGUGAUUUCGGUACCAGUCGCGAAUGGAAUGAAAAAAGUACGAAAAUGACGUUUGCUGGCACAGUUGCGUGGAUGGCUCCUGAGAUAAUCAGGAAUGAACCAUGUUCAGAAAAAGUAGACAUUUGGUCAUAUGGAGUGGUUUUAUGGGAGCUUUUAAGUGGAGAAGUACCCUACAAAGAUGUAGACUCGUCAGCAAUAAUGUACGGUGUUGGCAAUAACUCUCUCCAUUUACCUAUUCCAAAAACGUGUCCGGAAGGUUAUAGAAUACUAGUCGAACAAUGUUGGGCCGCUAAACCACGGAAUAGACCAUCGUUCAAACAAAUUGAAGCACAUUUACAAAUCGCCGCGGUAGAGCUUGAAAGCAUCACGCAGAACGAAUACUUCAAAGCGCAGCAAACGUGGAAAGAGGAAAUUAGGCAGCAUAUGAAGCAAAUACAGAGUGACAACUCGAGUAGUCCUCGCUUCGAGGCAGAUUUGAUACGUAAACGCGAGGACGAAUUACGACAUGCUCAAGACAUUAGAGAACACUAUGAACGUAAACUAGAACGAACUAACAAUCUUUACAUGGAGCUGAGCGCUGUUCUAUUACAGUUAGAGCAGCGCGAAAGGGAUGUGUUAAAAAGAGAACAACAGACUGGAUACAAAACCUGCAAAAAAAGGGUAGUUUACGGCCCUUUACUGAAAUACCAGGAACGAAAGAAAAAUCAAUCACGGAACCCUAUGAUACAGUUCUCCUCAUCUAGUCCAGCCUCACCACCUUCACCAAUUUCUCCACAAAGCCCUGUAAAAGCCACAAUGUGCACGCAAUUGAACGACUCGAAUAAACCCGAAACAACAAUCGUGCCCAGCAGUAGUAAUUUCAAGCAACGCAAAUACCGACAUCGACGAGUUGGUUCAGGUUGUGGUAUUACGUCUAGUCCCAGAUCAAGUCCGCAGCGAGAGCGAAAGUCUGCGGAAUUAUCAGCAAAUCGAUUAGUGGACAAUCAGACGCAAACUGAACUGCCCGUCUCUACGGACACAGACUCGACGAUAAAAAACGAAUCGCAACCUGAAAUCCAACGACGUUCAUUGAACCAUGAAAGGUAUAUCUUUGAAGUGUCGUCGAAUCGUCUGUAUCCCAAAUCUUCAUUAGAUAGUCAAAACAACGGUAAUACUACCGAUAUGGCAAUACAGCAGUACCAUAAUCGCCUACACUCAAGUCCUUGCUCGAGUCCAGAGCCUCUUAAUGAAAAUCGAUUGAAUGGAAAUAGCGAAAGACUUCGAGAUUGUAGUGAUGACGAUCACCUUGAGACCCUUGGAAGGAAAGUUAACGAGAUCCUGAACGCUAAUAGAUUGAUGUCACCUAUUGAUAAUGGCAACUGUUGUAGUGUUGUAUCUCAUGGGAGGAAUAAAGAUGAUGCACAAAAGUUGUCUAGUCAAUUGAAGGAAAAAAGUACUGACCGCCCGGAAGGCAAUGACGUGAUUGAUGUUAUAUGCAAUGAAGACGGUGACGCUGGCGAGGACGAAAGCUGGUCUGACGAAGAUGAACCGGAUGUACCAAAUUACACGUAUAACUAUUCGCUUAGAAGGAGAAGUCUUGCAAGGCGACCCAUUGGUCCAGGUAGACACCGUCGUUCGAAGCCAAGCUUAACGACAGCGGUAAUCAAACGAGUCUUGGCAUCAGAUGAAGAAAAUAGCUCAGAAUACUCACACCAACCGUCCAGUAAGUCGUCGACCUUAGAAAGCAAUCCGGAAAUUCAGCGCACCUUCCGCCGAGUUGGCUCGCUCGACUCUACACCUAAAUACACACCACGUAAACGUACUUUAUCAGCCUGUUACGUUCGUAAAAGCACCGAUGACACUAGUGAUGGAUCAUCAUCAUCUGAAACAGACGAGGCGAGCGAAACUACGAUCACUUCCCAAUUAGCUAAUGUCACGUUGAAAGGCGAGAGCAGAGUAUAAACGCUGUUAUUGAUGAAUGAUGCUUGGUUGACGAAUUCUAUUGAGCGCGCAACCGAGUUUCAAAUUUGUUGAUUAUGAUUUUGUUAUUUAAAUAGCCUGUUGAAAUUAUUAAAGCUAAUUUUUUAUGAAGUAAUUUCUAUUUUCCUCGUAUCGAAUCUCAAUGAAAUGAAAACUGUAUAUUUUAAAAGUAUAUGCAAAUCAUUUACAGUAUCUUCGGAAAAGAAACACAUCAAAAGUUUAUGCAAAACUCACAUUUGUAUAAUUUGCGUAAUUAGAAUUAAAAGUUAUUAUAUGGUUAUUCAUUUAAUUUUAUUAGUAUAAUUAAAAAUUGUACUUAAAUUAUUGAUAAGAUUUAUAACUUUUUAUUCUUUCAGCUAUGUUCUACUAAUUUUUUAUAUGCUAGCGUUGUUGUAUGAGAUUUUUAUAACAUAUAUAUUACUUAAUUGAUAUUCCAUGGAAUUCAUCAACCAAAUUUCAUGUCAAGUUUGCGUAUUUCAGGUUCAAUAAUUUAAUCAGCAUUUAGGUUGACACGUUACUUAGACACAUAAUAUAAGAAUUUUGUAAAUAAAUUUACGUGAUUGUCUGAACAUUUCAUGAUCAGUUCUAAUGGUAUUUACGAACCAAAUUGUAAGUUACUUUAAUGUAUCUUCGUGGUUCAGUAGUUAAAGAAAAACAAAAAUAUAUGUGCGAGACUACGUUUGAUAUUAAUGCGAUUUAUAUUUAUACUUACACAUCACUUUGUUAAUAAACCUAUUUGUUUUCUUUGAGGGUAGUAUCGUAAAGUUGCAAGUGAUAACGUUGUAGAUUAGGAACGAACUUUCGUACUCUCAUAACGAAAACUCCCAGACGUUCAUGUGUAAAGUAGAUUUAUAUAUACAUACUAUUAGUUAUGCCAUUUGAAAGAUAAUUAUAUCAUUUUUUCAGUUUCGUUAUUUAAAGUGAUACUAAGUUAUGCGGUUUUUGUAAAAAUCCAUGAUAAUUUUGUAUAUAAUUAGCAAGCAUCAUGUUUAAUCCUUUUUUUACUGACGCAAAUUUGUACAGAGCUUUGUGAGUUGUACAGUUCCUCUUAGUAACUAUGCUAGAUGGAUAGAGCUAUCGUACACACGUUGUAAUUUCCACAAGGUAUCCACUGUGUGGAUAAUAUUAUAUAAUCUAUAAUUUUCUAUGAUAUACGUGCAUGCUUAGAUUGUAAAAUAAAAUUCUAAAAGUAAAUUAAAAAUGAAAUCGGUAUAAUACAAAAUUUACAUAGAAUUCGUAUAUAACAAUGAUUUAUUAUUGACUAUUUUCGAUGUCAAACUAAUAAAGUAUUAAACAAAUGAAUACGUCCAAUGCAUUGUGAAAUUAUCUCGAGAAUAGAAAAUAUUUGACGAUUUAUAAAAGAGAAUAAAUAAUCAACUUUUCUUUCUUCUAUACCACAUGUCUGUAACCGGUGACAUACCACGUUAAUAAUUUAAUGCAAAUAUAAAAUUGAAUUAUCUAUCAUAAAGCCUAUAGAACUAGUAAAUAAAUUAAACAAUUCGUUUGUGCAUCAACGUAGAUAAAGAAAAAUAUAUAUUAAUGCAAGGCGCAUAAGCAUAUUAGAUGUAAUGUAAAUUAAACAUUUUUCAAUAUAAAAAAAUUUAAAAAAGGCAGCUAUUUUUCAGUGCACUUGUAUCAAGUCGUACAGUUACGCACGUAUAUACACAUUUGGAUUAUUUUCCAAAGGAAUCAAUUAUUAUUCUUCAUUGGAAUCAUUUCUAUGAAAACGGCAUUAAAAAGUAUUGCUGAAGCAGAGAUUCUGAAAUUGUAAAGUUUAUGCGAUAUGAUAAUGAUAAUGAUAAUGAUAAUGAUAUUAAUCAUAAUAACAAUAAUAAUAAUAAUCAUAAUAAUAACAACACUAAUAAUAACAACAGUAAUAAUAAUAAUAAAAGUUAAGUGAUUGAUAUACAUAUGUGCCUUGCGGCAAAUUGUAAUAUGUUAGAUUGUGUCUUUACGGCGAAAAAUAAGAAGAAAAUUCGUUAGUAUACUUCUAAAUAAAGAUGCUGUACUGGGCAAUCUGAUGUUUAUGAAAUAUACAACCUUAAUCUUUCUUUAAUGCUCAUUUUCAAGCAUGUAUCAGCGUUCGAUCCUAUGUCAAAAUUUAUCCAUGUCGUUAUCAAAAUUAUCGCAUUUAUAACUGAAAUCAUUUAUUUAAAAUACGAGAAUAUUUUUAUAUCAAUAUCUGCUCGAAAGUAAACUCAGAUUGCCUUAAUGACAAUGAUAUAUAUUUUGUAUAUAUAGACAAUACAGUCAUAAACUGAUUGAAUUUACUUGGCUGAAUGUGAAAAUAAAUGUACUCGGACGAAAAUUAACCUGAUGUUUGGUUUCUUUACAAGAGCCAUUUUUUCGUAUUAUGUCCGUUAUAAGGAAUGCUAAUUAAUGGUGUUAAUUCUACUAUGCACUCGGCGACUCUUAAACCGACUGGUUUUGUAGUUAUUGUAGAACAUCUUUAUAAGUUUUGUGUUAAUUAUACUAUAACUUAUUAAUCUACAAUAAAAUCUUCAAUUAGAUUUAUUAAUUCAUAAUUUUAUCUCUUCAUUCUAUCUUCAUAUUCACAUAAGUUCUUUUAUUUCUUCACUAUGUAUAUUUACAUUACAUAUUUGAAUUGUACAUAUAUUUAAUCUUGAAAAUACGUUUUAAAAAAUCUAAGUACCACCAUCACCAUCGUUAUUUAAUGUAGGAUUGUGAAAUUAUUUACAUUUAAUCUAGGAUUGUAAAAUUUAUUAUCAAAGUGCACAACUACAAAGUUUACAAUUUUCUCUCAUUAUUGGGCGUCAUCAAUGACGCCAGUCGUUCUCCGCACCAUGCAAUUUGAUAUACGUGUUAAAAUGUGAUAUUCAAGAUAAUCCGAGAACAACAAAGAGAUUGAUUUUUUUAUUAAAUCUAAGUUACA